AUGAUUGGGGGCUCCCAGGCGCUGCGCUGCCUGGCGCUGGCCAUCCGCCCCCUGCCCGCCCACGGCGCCCGGCCCGGCGGCGGGCUGACCCACGCUGACGAGGCGGGGCUCACCUUCGUGGCGGUCGUGGCGAUGCACGACCCUCCGCGCCGCGAGUGCGCGGCGGCGCUGCAGACGUGCCGGGAGGCGGGCAUCCGGGUGGUGAUGGUCACCGGUGACAGCCCCGCCACGGCGGAGGCGGUGGGACGACAGGUGGGUGUGCUGGGUCUGGACGCCCACGCUGACAAGGACAAGAUCGUCUCCAUCACCGGUACCGAGUUCGACUCCCUCCCGGAGCAGCAGCAGCUCGACGCGGCGCGCAGCCUGGCGGUCUUCGCGCGCGUCGAGCCGCUGCACAAGCUGAGGCUGGUAGAGCUGCUGCGGAGACAGGGCCACGUAGUGGCGAUGACGGGCGACGGCGUGAACGACGCGCCGGCGCUGGUGCGCGCAGACAUCGGCAUCGGCAUGGGCAGCGGCACGGCGGUGGCGAAGCACGCGUCGGACAUGGUCCUGGCUGACGACAACUUUGCCACCAUCGUGGCGGCCGUGAGGGAGGGCCGCGCCAUCUACGCCAACACCAAGCAGUUCAUCCGCUACAUGAUCAGCUCAAACAUUGGGGAG